AUGGGUGAUUUCAACAACUUUGGUGGCUCCGAGGAGGAGAACACCGAGAUUAGGCGUCUCAACAAUGAAGUGGAAGCCGAACCCGACAAUUUUGAGCACUGGGAGAAGCUCGUCCGCGCUUGCGAAGCGCUCGAAGGCGGCUUGAAUAGGAAUUCUAGCCCCCAGGCUUUGUCGACGCUGCGAGACUCGUACGACCGUUUCCUCCUCAAGUUCCCGCUACUCUUCGGCUACUGGAAGAAGUAUGCCGACCUCGAGUUCAACAUCUCAGGGCCCGAGUCGGCAGAGAUGAUAUACGAGCGCGGUUGCGCCAGCAUCACCAACUCGGUGGAUUUAUGGACGGAAUAUUGCUCGUUCAAGAUGGAGACCACCCAUGUUCCCCAUCUGGUCAGAGACUCCACCACCGCGAGCGACUUUGCGACCCAGCCUUGCAAUAAGACGGAUUGGCACUGGAGUUUCAACUCCUACGGUGAGAACACACUACAGGCUGCCACCAACCUGCUGGGCAUCGCUCUCACAUUUGAAAACCAGGCUCUGUUUUGUCCCCAUCAGAACAUGAUCUGCAUGAUUCUAUACCAAAAAAGCUCUCCCUCGCUCCCACGUCGCUCUCUCAUCCUCACGAGACCUCAUUCGGUUGGCUUGGAAACGGAUGUCUUCACACUUGGCAAACUUUUCCUUCCUGUAUUUGCACUCCCUUCCACCCUCCCCCGAUUCUGGCUCUUCGAGAGGGCUGCUAGCCAUGUCGGCCUUGAUUUCCUGGCCCAUCCCUUCUGGGAUAAGUAUCUAGAAUAUGAGGAACGCCAGGAGGCUCACGACAAGAUCUUCGCCAUUCUCACCCGCGUCAUCCAUAUUCCCAUGCACCAGUAUGCUCGCUACUAUGAGCGCUUCCGGCAAAUGUGCGCAGACCGGCCUCUAGAGGAGAUGGCAGACUCGGAUACCGUGGCUCGCCUGCGCGCCGAGGUUGUUGCCGAGACCGCGCCUUAUGGAGUAGCCAAGUCGGAGCUGGAGGUGGAGCGUGAUGUGCGGGCCAAGAUCGAGGCCGUCUACUACGAGGACUUCACUAAGACUCAGGCCGAGGUUACCAAGCGCUGGACCUACGAAGCUGAGAUCAAGCGGCCAUACUUCCACGUGACCGAGCUCGACCACUCCCAGUUGAUCAACUGGAGGAAGUACCUCGAGUUCGAGGAAGCAGAGGGCGAUGCCGCUCGCAUUGUGGCUCUGUAUGAGCGUUGUCUGGUGACGUGUGCUUUCUACGAGGAGUUCUGGUUCCGAUAUGCUCGCUGGAUGUCGGGCCAGGCCGGCAAGCAGGAGGAGGUCCGGAACAUCUACCUGCGGGCUACGACCCUGUACGUCCCCGUCAGCAGGCCCGGCAUCCGUAUGCAGUUCGCCUACUUUGAGGAGAGCUGCGGUAGGGUCGACGUCGCCAGGGACCUGCAUAGCGCAAUUCUCUUCAAGCUGCCCAACAGCGUCGAGGCCAUCCUCUCCUGGGCGAACUUGCAGCGGCGUCAGAUCGGCCUGGAGGCUGCGAUCGAGGUGUUUAAGCAACAGAUCGACUCGCCCGAGGUCGACAUCUACAUCAAGGCCGCGCUGGUCACCGAGUGGGCGUUCAUGCUGUGGAAGGUUAAGGGUUCCGUUGACGACGCGCGCACCGUGUUCAGCAAGAAUGUGCAGUGGUACGCCGACAGCCGGCACUUCUGGCAGAAGUGGCUGGACUUUGAGCUGGCCCAGCCGAGCGACGCGAAGCAGGAAGCCCAGCACGGCGAGCGCAUCAAAAACAUCUUUGACGAGAUGAGGAGCAAGAGUAGGAUCUCUACCAACGCCAAGAAGGAGCUGGCCGAGGUGUACAUGACCUACCUCCAGCAGAGAGGAGGCAAGGACGCUAUGAAGCUGUUCUUGGAAGUUGACCGGGAGAUGUUUGGACCUCCUUCAGUGGCCAUCUUCCCCAAACUCAAGCUCGGUGCCAAGGAGAAUGGCAUCCCGCUCGGAGAUCUCGACGAGCCCACCCGGCAGAAGGCAGAGGCACGGUACUACAGCUUCUACCAGCUGCAUGCCGAUCCGGACAUGGAGGCUCAGGGAACCGCAGAGUUUCAUUGA